AUGUACACCCCAACAGCAGCAGCAAGAGCAGCAGCAGCAGCAGCGAGAGCAGCAGCAGCAGCAGCAGUAGAAGCAACAGCAGGUCCAUCAGCAGCAGCAAUAGCAACAGCAGGUGCAGCAGCAAGUGCAGCAGCAGCAGCAGCAAGCGCAGCAGCAAAAAACGCAGCAGCAGCAGGUACAGCAGCAGCAGCAGGUACAGCAGUAAUAGCAGGUGCAGCUACAGCAGCAGCAGCAGCAGCAGCAGCAGCAAGUGCAGCUGCAGCAACAGGUGCAGCUGCAACAGCAGUAGCAGCUGCAGGUGCAGCAGUAGCAGCAACAACAACAGGAUCAGCAGCAAGUGCUGCAGCAGCAGCACGAGCAGCAACAGGCAGCGCAGCAGCAACAGGAGCAGCAGCAACUGCAGCAGCAACACCAGCAGAAGCCGAAGUAGAAGCAGCAGCAGCAGCAGCAGCAAAAGCAGCAGCAGGAGCAGCAGCAGCGGUAGCAGCGGCAGGAGUCGCAGCAAAAGCUGCAUCAGGAAGAGCAGCAGGAGCAGCAGCAGGAGCAGCAGCAGGAGCAGCAGCAGCAGCAGCAGCAGCAACAGCAGCAGCAGCAGCAGCAGCAGCAGCAGCAGCAGCAUGCAUUCAGCAGCGUCUGUCUCUCCUGCCGCCGCAAUCGAAGGCUGGGCGGUAG